GUCGCACGAGUUCCUCAGUGGAGAAAGAUGGCAGGCCCGACGUUUACUGCGAGGUUGUAUUCCCUGCUGUUCCGCAGGACUUCCACCUUCGCUCUCACCAUCGCCGUAGGCGCCCUCUUCUUCGAGCGUGCCUUCGAUCAAGGGGCGGACGCGAUCUACGAGCACAUCAAUGAGGGGAAGCUGUGGAAACACAUCAAGCACAAGUAUGAGAACAAGGAGUAGUUCCUUCCUCAGAGGCCCCCAUCCAGGCCAGAAGGACCAGGUUCACCCACCAGAUGUUUGCCCAGCGCUGGGGUCUCAGCUUGAAGAUGAUAUUCAAGUUACUUUUCACGGACCCAUCUUUAGCCCUUGGCAAGACAUGGCUUCACCUAACAAACAGACUCUUUAACUUCUGUGUUUGAAGUAUGUUUAUUAAGAGUCAUCAUCAAAUAAAUGUAAAUUGUCCUUGA